CUUGGCAACAUGGAAAAAUGAAAUUGUGUGGGUGACGUGGCAGUCAUACCCUUGCCACACCUCUCCUACGCAUAUAAACAGCAGCUGCGAGGAGAGAGGUUUUCCAGAGUGUGAAUUUUUUCUAGGGUUUCGGUUUUUGGAGAUUUAGAGAGAAAGUGAGUUUUUAAGACAUUUCGAUCAGAAUGAGCGGAGACAACGGCGGUGGUGAGAGGCGCAAAGGCUCCGUCAAGUGGUUUGACACCCAGAAGGGUUUCGGCUUCAUCACUCCUGACGACGGUGGCGACGAUCUCUUCGUUCACCAGUCCUCCAUCAGAUCUGAGGGUUUCCGAAGCCUCGCUGCCGAUGAAGCUGUCGAGUUCGAGGUUGAGAUGGACAACAACAGCCGUCCCAAGGCCAUCGAUGUGUCUGGACCCGACGGCGUUCCCGUCCUAGGAAACAGCGGUGGGUCAUCUGGCGGACGUGGCGGUUUCGGUGGCGGAAGAGGUGGUGGCCGCGGAUCUGGAGGUGGAUAUGGCGGUGGCGGUGGAUACGGAGGAAGAGGAGGUGGCCGAGGAGGCAACGACUGCUACAAGUGUGGUGAGCCCGGUCACAUGGCGAGAGACUGUUCUGACGGCGGUGGAGGUUACGGAGGAGGCGGUGGAGGUUACGGAGGAGGCGGAGGCAACUACGGCGGAGGAGGCGGCCGCGGAGGUGGCGGAGGCGGUGGAAGCUGCUACAGCUGUGGCGAGUCGGGACAUUUCGCCAGGGAUUGCACCAGCGGUGGACGUUGAAACCAACGCCGGUCCGGUGGUAGAGAGGAGUGAGUCGGUUAUCUCACAAGUGAUCGGAUCUUCUUUUCGCCGCCUUCUAUCUUUCUAUUAUCGGCUUUUUGCUUAUUAUGAUUAAUCUCUCUCUGUCUUUGUUAGUUGCUUUUUCUUAAUCUCUUGAUGGUUUCGGAUUAGGACUUAUUUAUGGUACUUGUGAUGGGUGAAAUGCUUCUUGUUGCUCUGUUUCAAGUGUUCAUAUGCAAGCAAAUAUUCUGGGUUUUGUUUUAAUCAUCUGAAUGAAUCGUGAGAUCUGGAUACUUAGAUCGUGA